AUGCUUGUUGAUGUCAAUUUUGAUAGUGCAACUAUGCUAGUGCUGUGCGGCAAAGCUAGUGCUGGUACAGGUUUCAAAAAAGAAAAUGAUACUGUGGUUAUCGGCUUCAAUUUUGAUAGUGCGGCAAAGCUAUUGCUGUGCGGCGAAGCUAGUGUUGGUACAGGUUACAAAAAAGAAAACGAUACUGUGGUGAUGAUUGUCGACUUUGAAAGCAGUGUGAAACGGUUGCUAGUGCAAGUUUGAAAAAAGAAAACAAUACUGUGGAGAUGACCGUCGACUUUGAAAGCAGUGUAAAGCGGUUGCUAGUGCAAGUUUGAAAAAAGAAAACAAUACUGUGGGAAUGACCGUCGACUUUGAAAGCAGUGUAAAGCGGUUGCUAGUGCAAGUUUGAAAAAAGAAAACGUUACUGUGGAGGUGACCGUCGAUUUUUAAAGC